UUGGAUUAUUUUCUUCUUGACAAACCACCAUUCAUUUGUUGAUUGAUGAUGUUGAUGUGCAAAGGGGUAUGGCCAAGCAGCUCAUCCGUUGUUCUGUUGCAGACACCAAAUGGACACAAAUCCUUCAAAACCCAAGCUAGCUUUUCUAGCUACCCUCUUGCCAGCAAAGUUAUGGUUAGAAAUCUAUCAUACUCCACUGAUGAAAGUUGUCUGGAGAAAAUAUUUUCAAAUUUUGGUCAUGUUGCUGAAGUUAAGAUUGUGAAGGAUGAAGUGACUAAGAGAUCAAAGGGAUAUGCUUUUAUUCAGUACACUUCUCAAGAAAAUGCCAUGCUUGCUCUUGAUAGCAUGGAUCACAAGUACAUCAAUGGCAGGGUUAUAUUUGUGGAACUUGCAAAGCCUACAAAGAAAGACUUUGGCAGAUACCCGAGAAGUUGUGGACCACCUGUGGAGAGAUUACCAUCUGAAAAUGAAGUUCCAGACCUAAAAGAAAACUGCUAAGGCAUGGCGCGUUGCAUGUCAGUCCAGGUCAAUUACUUCAUACUAGAAGAGGCUAAGUGUACUUCCGGUCAUCUUUCAAAAUCUGUACUUAGAAUCAUGUAUAUUAAAUCGCAAGACUUGUGCUUUCUCAACUUGAUGUAACUAGUUUGAUGGUCAGGUUCUGCUACUGUAUAUGUAUUUUUAGCUUUUACGCGGUGAAAAUGGACUAUCAUGAUGUACUUUAGGCUGCUGCCAAGGGUCUGGAAGUUGCCUGGAAAUAAAGGAUUCAAAAAUUACUAUUUUGUCGAAA